ACGCUCUUUUUCGCGAUCCCGGAGCCACGAGGUCGUUCACAUACAAAUUUGUAUAAUGGACAAUAACUCUGAAUGCAUUUUUGUGGCAAAAAAAUGACUGACAUGUUAGUGCUGGUGAUUUUAUCCACUCUGUGUUAUCCCAGUCAAUCAGCUAUUACCAGUUCUUUGGGUGCGGUUGUGGAAGAACCCGAGUUCACCGAUGUUAUCCAGAACAUCACCGUAGCUGCAGGCAGGAACAUCAGAUUUGCUUGCGCAGUAAAGAAUUUACAAAUGUACAAGGUUGCUUGGAUGCAUUUUGAGCAAUCAGCAAUCUUGGCAGUAAACACUCACGUCAUAACGAGGAAUCCACGGAUAAGCGUCACCCACGACAAGCAUCGCACUUGGUUCCUUCAUAUUAACAAUGUCCAAGAGGAAGAUAAAGGUCGUUAUAUGUGUCAAAUCAAUACUGUAAUUGCUAAGACGCAAUUUGGAUUCCUUUAUGUCGUUGUUCCUCCAAACAUAAACGACUCCAUGAGCAGCAGCGAUGCCAUCGUGAGGGAAGGCUCCAACGAAACGUUAACUUGUAAAGCCACCGGAUUUCCUACACCUAGCGUUAAAUGGAAGAGGGACGAUAAUACCAAAAUUACCAUAAAUAAGACACUUCAAGUUUCCGAAUGGGAAGGAGAAACUCUGGAGCUUACAAAAAUUUCCAGACUUGAUAUGGGGGCUUUUCUGUGCAUUGCUAGUAAUGGUGUACCCCCCACAGUCAGCAAAAGAAUCAAAGUAAGCGUAAAUUUCCCUCCAAUGUUAUGGAUUCCGCAUCAACUGGUAGGAGCUCCGUUAAAUUACGCCGUGACCCUCGAAUGUUUCUCGGAGGCGAAUCCAAGUUCCCUAAACUACUGGACCCGAGAAGACGGCCAGAAUAUGAUACACGAUUCAAGGAAGUAUCGCACAGAAAACAGCCAAGGCAAUCCUUCAUAUAAAACCCACAUGAAACUCACCAUUAACAACAUUCAGCAAAGUGACUACGGCACCUACAAAUGCGUCGCGAAGAAUCCCAGAGGGGAGACGGAUGGGACUAUUAGGCUUUACCCUUCAUCAUCGCCAACAUCUUCGUCAAGUGUUCCAACUACCAUUUUGUCUAAGUCAAGUAGUAUUUGGAUCAAAGGAAACGGUUCUGAUCAUGGCAGAUCUCUAUCGAUUUUCCAUAUUUCCGAAAAAGGUUCCAAAUAUCAGUCUACUUUAAACGAGAUUGACAUAUCAGAACAGAAACCAAGUGCCAAAAUGGAGUUUAAUGGUAAUGCCCGUGUAAAUUAUUCCGAAAAUAUUGGGGAUCGUCUUAAAAUUUGCUCCAGAACUUUUCUAUCAUCGUUACUCUGGAUAUUCGUGGUAUCACUGAUGAUACGGUGAAGGUGAUAUUGUCUAAGUGGUAUUUAGUUAUUGACUCAGUGACUUUUACGUAAGAUAAGACGUUUUAAAAUGUAAGUAGGAGUGUAAAAUGAGUUUCUAUUUAAAUAUAAAUUGAAAUUUGACUAGGAAGACAGAUCGCUAAAGAACAUAGUAGGUAUAUGUGUUGUAAAGUUAGGUAAACGGGUAAUUCUAGGAUUACCCGGGUAAAGUGCUAAGUACUUGCUAGGUAUCGGUAAUAUACGAUAGUAAAUCUUAAAUAUAAUUUGAAUAGUUCAAAUUUCCAGAUUUACUCGAGUAAAACACACUCUACAUGCUGCCUCUUGGUUAAAUACUUAAUUGGGUAUACUAGUAAUGACAAGGCCGUAACUGUUUGAAAUAUAUAUUAAUUAAAAAAAAAAAAGAAUUUGUGUGUACUUUGUACGCACGUAAGAAGUUAUACUUCUAUUAUAAAUAUGAUUUCAACGAAAUAAAUACACUUAUACUUUUUUUAUUUUAUUUAAAUAUUAAACUAAUUUUAAUGCUUACCACUUUCCAAAAUUAAAAAAAAAAAGAAUAGGAAUAGUCCGGAUUUGAACCUAAAGCCAUGGUUUGUUAGAACAGUGAGCGACGCACGGCAUACGGGUACAGCAGAAUCUGUUGUACUCGACGCACAGCAGAUUUGACUGGGUCGGUUUGUUAGCAUAUUCUGUCGCUCUCAAAAUAGUUUCAGUUUUCAGUUUGACGUUUGUUCUCACGAAGGGUACAUUUAUGUACGUAGAAAAAUGAAUUCUGACAAAAUCAAAGCAAUCAUUUUAUUACUCCUAGAAGAGGAGGCGGAAGAAGAGUUAAUAAUACUACAUUUAAAUAAAAGAAAUAAAAAUGUAAACGAAAUGUUUUUAUGUACAUUUAAAUGAACAGUCGAAAUAAGAUUGUUUCAGAACGAGGAAAAAUUUCGAGAACAUUUUAGAUUUAGACUGUCCAGGGAUUUAUUUGAAACUGUAUUACAAUUUAUAAGGGAUGAAAUUACUAAAAAACCUUACAACAGAAGACAACAUCCGAUUUCUGCAGAAGAAAAAUUGAGCGUAAUUUUGAAGUACCUAAGUUUUUUUUAUUUAGAGAAAAAAUAAAAAUACAGUGUUUAAGUACAAAAAAGAAAACUUCUUAAAAAUGUAUAUCAUAAAUGUAUCUUACAUUUCUGCAUUGCUAUAAAUUGAUUCUGGCGAAAUACAAACGAAUGCACGCUCUGAGAUCCUAUAUUGGGUUCCAAAGAAUUUUUUGGUCACAAGAAAUAUUUGUUAUGUAUAGGAACCAAUGUUAUGAAUAGAACCAAUUCAUAUACCUAAUUAAUUUGCAGCCAGCUCAGUUUCAUAUCGCGAAACAAUAUUCAUGAGUUCAGCUUUUAUUCUUGCCUUUUCAAUCGUAAGAAAUUUCGAUACUGUGGAAGCCACACUUUCAAAAAACAUGUGUAUAGAAGGAUCACCUGAUUUUUGAGCCAAUGUCGAUGAUGUUUCCGACUUUUUAACAAGUUUUUCAAUCAAAGCGGUUUGUUCCUCUCGUCCCAUUUUUAUUUCACUCAGUAAUGAGAAAUUUAUGUUUUUAGAAAUUGACUGUUUUCGAUUAGGAGACUCUUUGUCAGUCUGAAAUGUAAAUGUCAGAAAUUUCUUGGAAAUUUCUCUUAUGUGGAAGUUAUUGACCAUUUGUAUUUUAUAUUACCAUUACAUUGACCAAAAUGGUUUCGAAGUAAAGAGAGCAAGUGUAUAUUUCUGGCUCCUGGCGACAGGAACCAGGAGUAAUAAAUCGUAUAAUACAAGAGUAAUAGCAAUUAGAUGUUCGCUUCCCGUGAAGCAUAUGGUGUCUUUGAAGGGCACUACUGAAAGGUUUAUAGUAUCUUUUGUUAAAGGCAACCUGCUUUCCUCUUUGAAUAUUUACCCAAAAUAUUGACCUGAAAACAGGUCAAUUAACAGAGAACUAUGUACAUAUUUAAAAAUAUGAAAAUAGAAUAUUAAUAAAUAAUAUAUUUAAUCAAAGCAUACUUUAAUAGUGAUCAUGGAUCUGUAUAUUAUGGCAAGAAAAAAAUUGUGUUACGUGUUGAAUAAUAACGAUACACUUUAUUUUGUACCAACGUUGUUUUAUUAUAAUGCAUGACUCAGUUUAAUAAAUAAUAGUAAUAAUACCAAUUAAUUUAAAUACCAAUUAAAUACUAAUAAUAUCAAUUUAAUACAAGUGACUUUUUCAUUUACUUUGUGCAAUUUAAAAUAUAUCAAAUCAUCUAAACUUAUUUUUGUUUGAAUGAAAUUAGUUUACCACCAUAUUGUACACCGUGAGUUCAGCUGAACGUUUGCGUCCAAAUCAAACACCAGCUGAUUCCAGCGCACACCGUCGACGUACACUGCUGUCGGUCUUCAGAGCGCGCAGCUAAGCAGAACCUAACAAUCCGUUAACAUACAGAAGCCAUUCCUUUGAUUUGGACUGACGUGCGCGGCGUUCGACUGACUGUGAGUUGUGCGUCGCUCACUGUUCUAACAAACCGUGGCUUCUGUAGACCUCUCGAUAUGUAGCGGAAUGUUCUACCAAUAACGCUACGACGUCUCUGUUUAUAUAGAUUCUCGGACAAAAUGAUAAUUCACGGUAACAAACAGACGAAGUGAAGUAUAUUAUUAUAAGAAAGCUUUAAGUUUUAAUAAUACUUAUUUUACUCCCGAGGAAGACAAAUCCAAAGACACCAAAAAUUAUAAUAAAUAUAUUUACUAAAAAUACUAAUAUAUUCUUUUCACACUUUUUUGCACGGAUAGGUAUACAAAUAACUUGAAAGAUUUAGCAACUAACGCCAUACGGUCUGAGUGCGCAUGCGCGCAGAAUAAUAAAAAUUCACUCCCAAUCGCGCCUAAAGAAGUGUAAGUUCAAAAACGCAUUUUACAGAAAGUAAGGAAAGCAAAACUAUAAAUACUGCAGAAAUAAAAAUUAUAGUCUAUUUAAAAGAAGAUAAGCUACUGUAUCAUUUGCGGUUACAAAUAUUUCCAGCAGCUUUACAUUUUCAUUUAUUUUACCAAAACCUGGCGAGUAGUUCGCACUUUACCCAAGUAAUCCUAAAAUUACCCGUUAUUUAACUUUACUCGUAACUUAUAUAUACAUACAUAUAUCAUAUAUUUGCUCCAUAUCUUCUACUGAUAGUUUAUUUAUAGUAGGUAAAUUUAAUUUGUAUCUAACUUGA